AUGUCGCGCAACGCUUUUGAAGAGUUAAGGAUUCAGCUGCGAACCCUGAGGUGGCUGGGAGUCUUGCGGUUCAGCAUCGACUUUGAGAAGUGCUUAGUGCGGGAAAAUGCCUUCGAGGAGCAGAGUGCCUGGUUCUAUAUGAUGGGCGUGGUGUGCAUAUCCUGCUGUCUGAUCAUCUACAGCUACUACUUUCCGCACCACUUUUUCUUGGGCAAUCACAACAGCACUGGCAACUGCUAUGCCCUAAUCAACAUAAGGUCCAGUGCCUUGGUCACCCUGCUGGUUUACAUUCAGCUCUACAUGCAACGCUAUCGCUUCGCCAACCUGCUGAAGUCCAUGUUGCAGUUUAACAAAAUAUCUGGCAGUCACACGGAAGCGAGGACAUUUGGUUUUCCCUAUAAGCUACAUCUAUCCCUUUUUGUUUUUUGCAUGCUGAACUUCGCCCAUGGUUAUUGGGAGGCAGGCGUUCGUGGGUCCACAAUUCCCAUUUUUCUCAUUCAGUACGGCUUUUCCUAUCUCAUUCUGGGUCAGGUGAUUGUCCUGUUUGUCGGUUUUCAACGUAUUCUGAUCUCGACUUUGAAGCACCAUAAUAAACUACUUGUCGAAAAUUUCAAAUCCUGCAAAAAAUGCGGCGGAUUCUAUGGAAUCUUUCGCAAUUACAGCGAGGUGGUGUGGUUAUGCUAUGUAGAAAUCAAUCAUUGUUUCGGACUGUUACUAUUACCCAUAACUGGAUUUGUUCUGCUGAUAACCCCCUCGGGUCCGUUCUACCUGGUAUCCACUAUCUUUGAAGGCCGCUAUCAGCAGAAUUGGCGUUUUGCCUUCAUGUCGCUGACUGCCGCCCUUUGGAGCCUGCCCUGGGUGGUUUUGCUGGUUUUGGCAAUGGGCAUCAACGAUGUGCAGAAGGAGUGCUAUCGCUCUGUCUUUCAUGAUGAUAAAAAUUACAUUGUUUCCUAUUACAUGUAG